AUGGCCUCCACAACGCUCCCCCUCAAGGUGCGCCUCGCGAUCCGCGACCAGUGGGAGCCCGAGGACAAGCCCCUGCGCAAGUCGCUGGCCGGCCUGCGCGAGCUGCUCGGCCACGACGUCGAGGUCGAGCCCGAGUGGCAGCAGCUGCUGGCCGAGCUCGACCCGUUCUACGAGGACAAGGGCCGCUUCGUCGCCGUCGUCGCGGGCUGCGUCGAGGCGUGGUGCAAGGCCCUGCUCGAGCUGCUCGAGAACGAGGCCAACGCCGAGUGGACCGACACUCUGCUCGAGAAGCUGAAGGCGUGGUCGCGCCUGCGGCUGUUCAUCGAGGUAUCGUCCACGGCAUCCGCCUCGACAUCCUGGUCCAACGAGCGGGUCGCUUUCAUCAUCAACCUGCCCAAGAAGCAGCUCAUCGACCCCUUUGAGCUGUACCCGGCCUUCUCCGGCGCCCUGCUCGACUGCUUCGACGACGGCAGCAGCACCAACAACACCACGAAGAAGAAGCCGGCAGCAGACGACGCAGCGCCGGCGGGCGCGGGCGACGACUGGGCCGACGUCGAGAUGGACAGGUCCACGGGCAAGCCCGACGUGAAGGAACCCACCACCACAGCGGCCGCCGCAGCGCCCGUCUUCCUCCCGCAGGCCGCCUCCCUCCCGCGGCCGGACCACCUCCUCCUCCAGCCGCCGUACUACCUCUCCGUCGCGCAGCACGGCGACGCCCGCGUCGCCGUCACGGCCUCGCACGCACCCUCCCUGCAGCUGCUGCACGACUACCUCGCGCGCUGGUGCCGGACGGACCCGCAGGACGCGCGGCGCCCGCCCGCCGUGCGGUGCGAGCUGCACGCGUCCGCCUUCGGCCUCGGCGCCGCCAUGCACGACCGCCUGACGCUCAGCGUCGACGAGCGCGCGCGCGCCCGCUUCGCCGUCAACCCCGCCAUCGUGCUGGCGCUCGUCGAGGGCGUGCUGGGCUACGAGCGGGUCAGCAACGGGCCCGGCGAGUGGACCUUCCGGAGGGGCACGGCUCUGAGGACAGCGUAG